AGGCCAAGCCUUGGUUCAUGUACUUUCUAGAACCUUCACUCUCAGCCCCGCCGCCUCCCCAAUCAGGCCAUCCUCCUCUCUCCGGCUGGGCCACGGGGAGCGUCCUGUACCUGGAGCUCUUGGUGGCUGUGGCCCCCGAUGUCUACCAGGUUCAUCAGCAUGACACGGAGCGCUACGUUCUCACCAACCUCAACAUAGCAUCAGAGCUGCUGCGGGACCGCUCCCUGGGGGCACAGUUGCACGUGCACCUAGUGAGGAUGGUCAUCCUGAAGGAUCCCCAGGUGGCACCCCCCAUUACAGCCAACAUCACUGCGUCCCUGCGGAGUGUCUGCGAGUGGGGCAGGGCUGUCAGCCCCCAGGAUGACAAGGACCCUGAUCAUGCUGACCUGCUCCUCUACAUCACCAGAUUUGACCUGCAGUUGACUGAUGGUAACCAAAAAGUUCGGGGUGUCACCCAGCUGGGGGGUGUCUGUUCACACACCUGGAGCUGCCUCAUUACCGAAGAUACAGGCUUUGACCUGGGGGUCACCAUUGCCCAUGAGAUUGGGCACAGCUUUGGCUUGAACCACGAUGAUGAGGCAUCUGGAUGCGACCCUCAGAGCCAUGUGAUGGCGUCUGGUGGCAAACUGCCCACCCUGGGUGGCAUCCUGUGGUCAUCCUGCAGCCGGGAGCAGCUGCAGAGCCUCCUCAGUGCAGGACGGCUUUCAUGUGUGGGGGACCCACCAGGGCCCUUGCCUGGGCCCCUGCCUGGGCCUGUGGGACCCCCUUCCCAGAUGCACCCCGGUCUCUACUAUGACGUGGAUGAGCAGUGCCGUGUGGCCUUUGGGCCUGCUGCUGUGGCCUGUACCUUCGUUAAGGAGCAGCAAGACCCAUGCCAGGCUCUGUCCUGCCACACAGACCCACGGGCCUCUGCCAGCUGCAGCCGUCUUCUCAUUCCCCUGCUGGAUGGGACCGAGUGUGGGGAGGAGCAGUGGUGCUUCAGAGGUCGCUGCCUGCCCCUGGCGGAGCUGUUCCAUGUGGAGGCAGUGAACGGGCACUGGUCCAGCUGGGGGGCCCCUGGGCCCUGCUCCCGCUCCUGUGGUGGAGGCGUAGUCACCCGGAGGCGACGGUGCAAUGAUCCCAGGCCGGCCUUUGGGGGGCGUGCGUGUGAAGGGGAGCAUCUGCAGGCUGAGAUGUGCAACACCCAGGCCUGUGAAGAGACUCAGCUAGACUUCAUGGCUCAGCAGUGCGCAGUGACUGACCCACAGCCUGUACACCUCUCCGGGGACAGCACCGUGCUCUACCGCUGGGGGGCAGCCGUGCAGCACAGUCGAGGGGACACUUUGUGCCAGCACCUGUGCUGGGCCAUCGGCCAGAGCUUCAUCAUGAGGCGAGGGCACAACUUCCUGGAUGGGACCCGGUGUUUGCCUAGUGGCCCCAGGGAGAAGAUGCCCCUGAGUCUGUGUGUGGAGGGUAGAUGCAGGGCGUUUGGCUGUGAUGGCAGGAUGGACUCCCCGAAGGCCCUAGAUGCCUGCCAGGUGUGCGGUGGGGACAACAGCACUUGUAGCCCCCGGAAUGGCUCAUUUGCGGCUGGCAGAGCAGGAGAGUACGUCACAUUCCUCACAGUCACUCCGGAUCUCACCGGCAUCCACAUCGUCAACCAUAGGCCUCUCUUCACACACCUGGCUGUGAGGGUUGGUGGACACUAUGUGGUGGCCGGGAACUCUAGCCCCUCGGGCAGCACUGCGUACCCCUCUCUGCUGGAGGAUGGCCACCUGGAGUAUAGUGUGAGCCUGACCACUGGGCUGCUGCCGCACCGUGAGGAAAUCCACAUCCCGGGGCCCGCCCGUGAGCCUCUGGAGGUCCAGGUGUACCGGCGCUACGGUGAUGAGUACGGGACCUUGUCCCGGCCAGACAUCACCUUUACAUACUUUCAGCGGAAGCAACAGCGGGCAGGGGGCUGGGUCUCCAUUCGGGGCCCCUGCUCUGUGAGCUGUGGAGCAGGACGUCGUUGGGUGACUUACAGCUGCCUGGACCAGGCCACUCAGUGCAGAGGAAGCAGGCAGCCCAAGGCUUGGCCAGAGCCCUGUUCCCCCAGGCCCUGCCCCUCAUCAUGUCCCCAUGCCAUCCUUGCCCUCAAUGGAUUGUCUGCUGCCUGCUUACUGGCCUGCUGUGUGGAUGCUGUGUUGAACAGGACUCAUAUGUGGCUGACAGAUGGCCCGCAGGGACCCACUCAGGCCCGCCCCACAGCACUGCAGCUGCUCACUCGUGCCGAGAUAGCUUGGCCAGCACAUCAGGGCCACGCUCCUGGGCAAGAAGUCACAGCAUCACCACAGAGCAGUGCUGGGCGAGGGGCCCAGACUGCUGGUGUGUGGGUCCCGCUUGCUGGACCAUGCUCCGUCUCCUGUGGCCAAGGCCUGACGAAGUUCCACAUCACAUGCAAUGACCCCAUCCUGGGGACCCCUGCCCCAGAUGGGUUCUGUGACCCUGCCAGCAAGCCUGAGAGACAGCUGACAGCGUGCCAAGCUGUCCCAUGCCCAGUUGGGUGGCGCUACAAGCGUGCAGCAUGCAGUGUGAGCUGUGGUGGAGGAGUGGCAAGGAGGAUCCUGUACUGUGCCCAGGCCCGCGGGGAGGACCAGGAUGAGCAGAUCCUGCCUGAUGUCCAAUGCAAGGCACUGCCCCGCCCAGCGCUGCAGGAACCCUGCAGUGUCCAGCCCUGUCCACCCCGGUGGAAGGUUAUGUCCCUAGGCCCUUGCUCCACCAGCUGUGGCCUGGGCAGUAUCCAGCGCUCUGUGACCUGUGUACAGUGGGAUGGAGGCCAGGAUGUGGCCCUGGACUGGGAAGCUUGUGCGGGUCUGGUACAGCCUCAGGCCAGCAUCCCCUGCAUGAUUGCGGACUGCGCCUACCGGCGGCAGCUCAGCAGCUGGACACAGUGCUCUGUGUCUUGUGGAGUAGGCACUCAGCAGCGGCGGGACAUCUGCCUCAGAUCCCAGACGGCUGUGCCCUUGGCCUUCUGCCAUCACCUGCCCAAGCCAGCCACUGUGAGGGGUUGCUGGGCUGGACCCUGCCCAGGGCAGCAGUCUGGCAGCCCAGUACCCGCCAAGGAAGUCACUGCUCCAGGCCCCAGCUCAGUGCCUCCAACAGAGGCCUCUGUCUGGGGGUCCCAACCACUAGCCCCUCAGCCUCAGCACAGCCUGGGGGACUCUGGGCUCUGCGGCCAGCAGGUCCUGGAGCCCUCGGGCCGUCUGGACCUGCGUGGUCCAGGCCCGGCCGACUGUGCUGUGUCCAUCGGGCGGCCCCUGGGUCAUGAGGUGACCCUGCAUGUGCUUGAGAGCUCCCUCAACUGUAGUGCAGGGGAUGCACUGCUGCUGUGGGGCCGGCUCACAUGGAGGAAGGUAUGCAGGAGGCUGGUGGGCACUGCCUUCAGCUCCGGUAGCAACACGCUAGUGGUGCGGCAGCGCCGAGGGCAGCCUGGAGGAGGUGGUGUGCUGUUGCACUAUAGGAGCCGCCCCACCUCAGGGGCCUUCCACAGAGGAUGUGACACACAGCUCUUGGGACCCCGGGGACAGAUAAUGAGCCCUGCACCCACGGCAGCUGGGCCAGGCGUGGGGGGCUGCCGUGUCUUCAUUAGCACUGCGCCCAGCACUCGGAUCGCCAUCCGCGCCCUUGUCACUAAUGUGGGCACUGGAGCCUCAGGCACCGAUGCCAGCUAUCUCUCGAUCCGGGACCUGCACCAGUCCAGGACAACCACGUUCCGCGGGCAGCGAGCACUCUACUGGGAGUCAGAGGGCAGCCAGGUGGAGAUGGAGUUCAGCCCUGGCUUCCUGCAAGCCCAAGGCAGCCUACGGGGCCAGUACUGGACCCUUCUGCCCCGUGCACAGUAGCACAGCCUCGCUGGGGUGUCCUUCCCUAACACAGCUCCAGUUGGCCUCGAGGAAGGU